AUGCUUCUGCCUGGCUCAGCUGCAACUCUGUCUUCGCAUGUUGAAGAUGUGGGGCAAGUGAUGAUGCGCCCUGAGGAAGAGCAGUUGUUGUUCACGUAUCUGGGACAAGCACGGACUUUCUUUGAGUUUGGUGUCGGUGCCUCAACACUGCAGAUAGCCAGCAGAACCCCUCAUCUUGAAAGACAGGUUGGGGUGGAUCUUGACAAGCGCUGGAUCGAUCGCGUUCGGAAGCACACCUGGCUUCGUAAUGGAUCGCUGCCAGCGACCCAAAGAAUCAAGCUGCUUUAUGUUCACAUUGGCAAAACAUCCUCGUUUGGAUACCCUGUUGAGAAUGCCAGCCGUUGCAAGCGGCUGGAGCGUUUUUGCCGUGUAGUGGCUGGGCCAGAAGCAGGCUCAGAAUGCAACAAGUCGACCCAAUGCAUGAAUGGACUGGUUGGAAGGCGGAACUGGUGGCCAGCUUUCAGUGAAGCGGUGCUGGAUGCAACCAAACGCUAUCGCCACGGAUGGGAUGCUGUGCUGGUCGACUCUCGCUUCCGCACAGCCUGCGCUCUAAAAAGUUUUUUUGCCACUAGACAGGAGCAUAUUUCUAGAUCUGUGGUUAUGGUCCACGACUACGCGCGGCGAAAGCAUCUUUAUGGCGAGAUCGAACGCUUUGCCAAGCUUGAGGUAAUGACUGGCAGUUUGGCUGUUUUUCGGAAGAAGCAUGAUGUGGAUCCGAUCAUUUUGCAGCGUACUAUCCGCGCUUACGAGUACGAUCCAUCCUGA